UCUCUUCCAAUCCACCCGACUGAAUUGAGUGCUCUUGUUGAAAUAGCUGAUCAGUUGGGGAAAAAAGGAUGGAACUUUAGCCUGAAUCCAUGUGACUCCGACCCAAGCUGGAACACUUCCCUGGACUCUAAUUCUAUCUAUCAAAAUUCUGUCAUCUGCAAUUGUUCAUAUAAUGAUGGCUUCUGCCACGUGGAAAACAUAACUCUGAAGGGACAGGAUUUAGCGGGUGUCCUCCCCCCUUCCUUGUACAAGUUGCAGUUUCUCAAGCUCAUUGACCUUACUCGGAACUAUUUAAAUGGAACAAUCCCCCAGGAAUGGGUGUCUCUAGGACUGCAACACAUGGGUGUUUCUGUCAAUCGAUUGUCUGGACCGAUUCCAAAGUAUUUAGGAAAUAUGAGCACACUCCAACGAAUAGGCUUGGAGAACAACAUGUUUAGUGGAAAUGUUCCUCGAGAGCUCGGGAAACUUUUCAAUUUGGAAAGACUCACUAUUUCUGCAAACAGUCUUAUAGGCCAGCUUCCUAUAGAAUUGAAUAAUUUGUCCAAGUUGACAGAAUUUAGACUGAGCCGAAAUAACUUCACUGGGAAAUUGCCUAGCUUGGAGGCGUUGAAAAACCUUGAAAAAUUAGAGAUUGAAGCAGCUGGUUUUGAAGGACCGAUCAACAUUUCAUCAUUGAUCAAACUAGUUGAUAUAAGAAUCACAGAUUUGAUUGGAGGUGCCUCUGAGUUCCCUAUGAUAAGAAACAUGAACAACUUAGCUAAGUUGACGUUCAGGAGUUGUAAUUUGUACGGGACGAUACCUGAUUAUGUGGGCAGUAUGAUGUCAUUGCGACUUAUGGAUUUGAGUUUCAACAAUCUUGAAGGUGAAGUUCCAAAACUUAAGGAGUUGACAAAUAUGGAAAUGAUGUUUUUGACGAACAACUCCUUCAAUGGGUCAAUCCCAGACUGGAUGCAAGUUCAAGAUCCCAGAAAGCAAGUAGAUAUUUCUUACAAUAACUUCAGUGAGAGCUCUGUCCCGUCUAGUUGUCGUGAGAGUUUCAAUGUAUUCAAAUCCUCCCCCGGGUGGAAUCAUGAAGAAGCUGGGAAAUGCAUGAUGGCCUGUUCUAAGGAUUGGUAUUCUUUUCAUAUAAAUUGUGGCGGUCCCAAAGUAGUAAUUGGAGACAACACCUAUGACAACGAUGAAGGCUCAUCAGGCUCUACAAACUUUGCUCACCUAUAUGAAAAUUGGGUUGCCAGUAGUACAGGGGACUUUUGGGAUGCAACCCGAACGGUUUCUGCCUAUACAGAACGCAAUGUAUCCGUUAUCAAGGGAAAUAAUGAAACUGAACUUUACACGACUGCCCGUGUCUCUCCUUUAUCUUUGACUUACUUUGGUCGCUGUUUGGCAAAUGGAAACUACACUGUCACUCUACGUUUCGCAGAAAUCGUUAUAAGAGAUAACAGAUCAUUCCGCAGUCUUGGAAAACGGUUCUUUGAUGUUUAUAUCCAGGGUGUACGCGUCUUAAAUGAUUUUGAUAUAAAAAGUGCAGCUCAUGGAGUGGAUACACCCAUAAAACUGAAAUUCAAUGCAACCGUCACCGACAAAACGUUAGAAGUGCGCUUUCACUAUACCGGGAAGGGGACUACAGCUGUCCCAACCAGAGGGAAAUACGGUUCUUUAGUAUCAGCUAUCUCUGUAGUAUCAAAUUUCAGCCCUCCUAAUCACAAAAGGCUGAAUCUCAUUAUAGCUGCGUCUGUGAUAUCUCCCUUACUUGUCAUCCUCAUACUUGUUGGUAUUGCUUGGAGAAUUAAAUACUCCAGAAGAAAACUUGCAAUGCAAAAAGAACUAGCUGGGCUUGAUCUGAGGACUGGUAUCUUCACCUUUAGACAAAUCAAAGCUGCCACUGAUGACUUUAGUGCUGAAAAUAAACUAGGAGAAGGUGGUUUUGGAGCAGUUUACAAGGGUACACUACUUGAUGGCACCAUAAUAGCUGUUAAGGUGCUCUCAUCCAAGUCAGCCCAAGGAACCCGUGAGUUCGUAAAUGAAAUUGGCAUGAUAUCUGGUUUGCUACACCCUAAUGUUGUGAGGAUUUAUGGAUGCUGUGUAGAAAAAAACCAUCUUCUACUUGUAUACGAGUAUGUGGAAAACAACAGCCUUGCACGUGCUCUAUUUGGUCCGGAAGAAACACGGCUGAAAAUAGACUGGCCGAGUAGGCAAAGAAUUUGUGUUGGAGUAGCUAAAGGUUUAGCUUUUCUGCAUGAUGAGUCAGCUCUAAGAAUUGUUCAUAGGGACAUCAAAGCUGGUAAUGUACUUCUUGACAAAAUCCUCAAUCCAAAAAUUUCGGACUUUGGUUUGGCCAAACUUGACGAAGAGGGGAACACUCAUAUCAGCACUAGAGUCGCCGGUACAAUUGGAUACAUGGCCCCUGAGUAUGCAUUAUGGGGUUACUUAACAUACAAAGUAGAUGUGUACAGCUUUGGUGUUCUGACUCUCGAAAUUGUUGCUGGAAUAAACAACAUUAAGUUUCGGCCUGAAGCGAACUAUGUUUGCCUACUUGACUGGGCCUUAGUUUUACAAAAAAGAGGGAAUUUGCUGGAGCUGGUAGAUCCUAGACUCGAAUCGGAUUUUGAUAGAGAUGAGGCAUUGAGAAUGAUCAAAGUGGCAUUGUUAUGUACCAGUCCAUCACCAGCGCUUCGACCAACCAUGUCUGCAGUUGUCCUAAUGCUUGAAGGUGAGGCCGAUGUUAAUGAGCUC